UAUAUAUAUAUAUAUAUCAACCAGAUGAAAGAUCUCCCCUAUUUGUUUUGGAGUCCCAUUAGCAGCAUAACAGCAAUGAGUUAUGACAGAGUUCCAAACGAAUCCUAUCCUCCACCAGGGUAUGCGCCUCCUUAUCCUCCACCACCAGGCUAUCCUACACCCCCACCUCCACCUCCUGCCUAUCAGGGAUAUUUCCAAGAAGGCUACCCUCCACAGCCACAAUACUCUGAACACACACAUGACUCUGGUUCAUUUCUGAAAGGAUGUUUGGCCGCGCUCUGUUGCUGCUGCGCGUUGGAGGAGUGCUGCAGCUGCUGCUUCUAGCUUGUAUUGCCUGCACUUUAGAUGUAGAGUAAACUUGCUGAUGCGCAUGAACCUUGCAUGUAGGGCCCAUGGUUUCGUGAUCCAAACCGUUCAUCUGAUGGACCUCACUUUGGAUGGGUGAAACACCUGAAAACCUCCUGAAUUAUAAGAUCCUUCCGCUUCAACAUGCAGCCUCUGUUCGUUGAUUGUUGACAAUUAUUCUGUUUUUCCUGGAGCGGUCUAUUUCCAAGCCUCCAUAUCAAAGGGCUGGAAUCUUCUAAUCCAGAAAUUUUCGAGGAAUCCAUCCAUCCAUAAUGGCUCCCAACAUAUCAACGUUUUGGAACACCAAAACCUUGGGCCCCACAUGAAACAAGGCCAUGCGCGUCAUUAAACUACCUGUGUGCUUAUGGGCAGGACCCUAAUAUUUUGCUUUUAUAAUUAUGCCAUUACUACACCUCUUUCUUA